AUGGGGGACUCGAUUGGUCCAAGGUUGUACAGCUGCUACAAAUGUCGAAACCAUAUAGCUCUUCAUGAUGAUAUUAUUUCAAAAGGUUUUCAGUCGAAAAAUGGGAGAGCCUAUCUUUUUACGCACGCGAGAAAUUUAUUUGAAGGGCCGAAAGCCGACCGGCAGCUGAUCACCGGUCUGCACACGGUGGCCGACGUGCACUGCGCCGAUUGCCGAGAGGUUUUGGGAUGGACGUACAAGAAGGCAUACGAGGAAUCCCAGAAGUACAAGGAAGGAAAAGUUGUGCUUGAAAAGUUUAAGAUUGUGAAGGAGAAUUGGUAG